CGGGAGGAGGGCCCGGAGGGAGGGCGGGGCGGCGCGGCGAGGGGCGGGGUCAGCAGCGAGGCCGCGGGGGCAGCGACGGCGCCUGGCAGCUGGAGCGGCGGCCGCGCCAUGUGGCUGCUGGUGCCGCUGUGCCUGCUGCUCAGCGGCGCCGCGGAGAGCCAGCUGCUCCCGGGGAACAACUUCACCAAUGAGUGCAACAUUCCAGGCAACUUCAUGUGCAGCAACGGGCGCUGCAUCCCGGGCGCCUGGCAGUGUGACGGACUGCCCGACUGCUUCGACAAGAGUGACGAGAAGGAGUGUCCCAAAGCCAAAUCCAAAUGCGGCCCGACGUUCUUCCCCUGCGCCAGCGGCAUCCACUGCAUCAUCGGCCGCUUCCGAUGCAACGGGUUUGAGGACUGUCCCGACGGCAGCGACGAAGAGAACUGUACAGCAAACCCUCUGCUGUGCUCCACCGCCCGCUACCACUGCAAGAACGGCCUCUGCAUUGACAAGAGCUUCAUCUGCGAUGGGCAAAAUAACUGUCAAGAUAACAGUGACGAGGAAAGCUGCGAAAGUUCUCAAGAACCAGGCAGCGGACAGGUGUUUGUGACUUCAGAGAACCAGCUUGUGUACUACCCCAGCAUCACCUAUGCCAUCAUCGGCAGCUCCGUCAUCUUCGUGCUGGUGGUGGCCCUCCUGGCACUGGUCUUGCACCACCAGCGAAAGCGGAACAACCUCAUGACACUGCCUGUGCACCGGCUUCAGCACCCUGUGCUGCUCUCCCGCCUGGUGGUCUUAGACCACCCCCACCACUGCAACGUCACCUACAACGUCAACAAUGGCAUCCAGUACGUGGCCAGCCAGGCUGAGCAGAAUGCCUCAGAAGUAGGUUCUCCACCCUCCUACUCAGAGGCCCUGCUGGACCAAAGGCCUGCAUGGUAUGACCUUCCUCCGCCUCCCUACUCUUCUGACACGGAGUCUCUGAACCAAGCCGACCUGCCCCCUUACCGCUCCCGCUCGGGGAGUGCAGACAGUGCCAGCUCCCAGGCAGCCAGCAGCCUCCUGAGCGUGGAGGACACAGACCACAGCCCUGGACAGCCUGGCCCCCCGCAGGAGGGCACUGCCGAACCCAGGGACUCUGUGCCCAGGCAGGGCACCGAAGAAGUAUAAAUUCCAGUUAUUCCAAAGUCCAUGUGGGUUAAUCUGCUCUGACUUGUUACCAUUCUAACAACCGUGUUCAUGGGAAGCUGUCCAAGCACCUAAGGAGGCGUGUCUCAAGCUGCAGUUUGGGGGUGUUAGCUGUCUCUCCAUUUUCCUCCUCCCCAAGAUUUCAGGGGUACGUUUUAGAGGGUGACUUGGCUUUUUUUUUUUUUUUUUUUUGUCCUUUCUGUUGACGUGAUCCGUUGUGCAUCUUUUCUGGGAGGUCACUCUUCCUUCGAGACCCAGGAUCACGACCUCAUGUCUUACAUUGUUCUGUUUCUGUUGGGCAGGCAGCCGGCUAGAGUGGGAUUUACAUAGUUUUUCCGGGUUUCUGUGCUGUGUUGGGUAUUUAGAAGGGCAGAAGAUGCUGGACCAGUCUUUUCUCUGGCUGCUGCCUUAUCCCAUUUGGGGAUAUUUGGGCUGGAUGAUCCUACCAGGAGUCCAUCAUUGCCUUACAUGAUCCUGUAUGUGCUCACGAAAACUUCUAACAUGAGAAGGACUUUGAAUCUGUCUACCCUGUAUUUGUUCUGACUUUAGGAUUUUUGCCUGAGAAUCUUAUUUGAGAGCAUUCUCCAGCCAUGUAUCUCAUCAGCUUCAUUCCAGAUUAGGCAGGAAGAUGCUGCCCUGAGUUUAUCCAGGUCCUCAGCUCCUGAAGUGCAGACUGCCAAGAGCUGUGGCUUCACAAUCACAUCCUUGGUUUCUAGAUUGUCACCCUCCCAGCUGGCCUGCCUGUCACUAAAAAAUAAGGACCUGACUUGAGUUGGCCAAAAAUCAAAUCUGGCCCUUUGUGCCUGUAAACCAUACCCAGCCCAUCUUGCUCAUUCACACAGCUUCAGCACAAGCCUCCAAACUUCCCUAAGUGCUUACAAGUCUGUUUCACCUGUGCACUUGGACUUGAGGCUGUGGGUUUCUAACACAUGUGAGAGCCAUAUUUAAUACCUCCUGGGAGAGCUCCUGACUCCCUGCACUGCACGUGGUCCUCUUCCCAGCAGCCCAGGACCAGCAGCCUUAGUGAGGAUCUGCCUUAUGGUGAGUGUUAGAGUUAGGGUCAGGGUCAAGGUCAAGGUCAGUGUCAGGCCUAUCCUAACAUCCCGGUAGUUUCUCCUCUGAGACACACAGGCAGUAGACAAUUUGGAGUCACGAUUUUCCAUUUGGAUUUUUUUAAAAAAUCUUUUAGAAAUGCAUUUGAAAUAGUGUGUUUGGGUUUUUUUUCCCCCUUCUAGUUAAGGGACUAUUUAUAUGUGUAAAGGAAAGCCUUCUCUUCUUCUUCUUUUUUUGUUUGUUUUCUCUUUAACAAGCUCCAAAGAAAGAUGAACAAGGAGAUGAUGCCUUUGCCCCGCCAAACCCCAUGAUAAUAAGUCACUCCAGACUAACCUGUGUGCCAGACAUUUGUGCAUUGUUGCACUUUGAGGUUAUUAUUUAUCGUGUUCUUGAAGGAUGCAGAAAGAGGGACUCAUCUCUCCUCAGUCUGCAGUUUCUAUCUUUGUGCUUGUUUUCCUCUUUCUCUGUGCCCGACAGCCACAGGGCCUGCCUCCCUGAGGGAAGAAAGGGUAAAAACUUAGGCGUUAUGCGGCAAGAAACCAUGCUGACAGACGAAGGGCUAAAACUGGAACCAGGUGGAGCCACUCUGGGCAGCUGUCACCCAUUCAAGGCUUCUUUCCACAGCCGAAGAAAUGUUCAGUAACCUGUUUGAUGCUAAUGAAAACCGAGCCUGCAGGAAGGGAGAUGAAGUGGCAUUCAAUGAUCCUGUUCUGUAGACGCUUCCUUUUUUAACCAAAUCCAAAGUAUGUUACAGGAACAUUAGACACUUGGUCUUUUGGUGUGUGUGUAUGUGGUGUGUUUAAGUAAAGGGAAAGAACCUACUUGAUUAUGUCUUUCAUUUUUAAAAUAGCACUGAGUAAUCCAAUAAAGAAAGAACUUUUGAUGGUAGCCAGAAUGUGUUAGGAACUCUGGGUGAACAUUUCAUCUCCUAUGAGUCAGAAGGGCUUAAUUUCUCCCUUUGUUGGGCCCUUGCUUCUUUCUGGUGCUCUGGAAGUUGUUUAGAGAAAAAAGAUUCUAAUUUUAAUUAAUUGUGCAGUGAGUUAAUCUCAUGUGCUUUUCUACUUCCAGGCAUCUUAGGAAAAACAAAUGGUUUUAGUAGAUAAGGGAAGCCUGUUAAUGUUGUUUUUUACAACAAACACAGGGACAUUUUUAUUAUAGAUUUGAUUUUUUUAAAUGAAUGUUUU